AUGUCAGUUACUUACCUGCACGUGCUGCUCGUGACGCUUCUCGGGUUCUCCACAGCAGUUGCGGUCCGAUCGAUAGUAGAGCCCAUCAUCAUCGGUGCCGACGUCGUCAAGAACAUUACGGUACGUGUUUCGAUCAUCGGUGAUGCUCUCUUCGAAGACAUCUCGACAGCAUCUCCGAUACUCGGCAAGAGCACUCUAGACGACGUCAGCGGCCUCACCAACCCGAAUUACAUCCGGCACUUGCAGACUUCGUACACUUCGGUCGACUUCCGGACUGGAAUACUAAAUGCCGUCAAUGCGGAACGCGUCGCCAGAAAUCUGCCAGAGUUAUGUAUGAAUCUGGAGCUCCAAAACGCUGCCCAAGGCCACUCCAACGACAUGGCGGUCUACAAUUACAUGGGUCACACAGGCUCAGACGGCUCGAAGAUGUCGGGCCGAAUCGAAGCUGAAGGGUACCACCGGAUCGCUUGUGGUGAAAAUGUGGCAGCAGGCCAAGUAUCUGUGGAACAAGUGGUUGAGGCAUGGAUGGCGUCUCCUCCGCACCGUGAAAACAUUUUGCGCGAAAAGUUCACCAUGCUCGGCUGUGGCUAUGCGUACACUGAUAACUCCACCUACGGCCGUUACUGGACCCAGAACUUUGGAACCAGCACGAACGAGGAGUGCAUUUAA